AUGGCGGACGAGAUGGACGUGGAAACAGCGACAACCAGCUCGAAAAGUUUUAAAGACGAGGCAAUGGAGAUCGAUGCACCACAAGUAGAGAAGGCGAAAAGUAAAGGAUCAUCUGGUGCAGGCAUUAGUACUGGGAAAAGCUCUAAAAGUUUCGAACUGCCGUGGUAAGUUACCAAGAAAAUGUAAAAGAACCUGGUACCCGAACGUCAGUAAUCAUAUUCUCCAUGCUGUUCUCUGUAUAUUUACUGAGGUGCUGACAAGGAGAAUUUGUCAAUUCAAUCCAGUUCAAUUCAGUUUUAUUUAAACUCACACGAAUACAGUGUAUUAGAGAAGGUUAUAAUUAUUACGGUACGUAGUGUUACAAACAUCAAUAUAAAGAAUUCAGUGCAAAGCGAAAAAAAGAAGCAAAAUAAUCGAAAUAAUUUACAAUUCAUUGUCACUAAGGGUAUCUAAGAAAUAAGGAGGACAGGAAGAAAAUAAUGUUUUAAUACUAUGUUAAUUGUGUGGAGUCUGGGACACCCAAAUAGUUCUAAGAACUAAUUGAGUGGGUGUCCCAAAAUUUGUCCAACAAUCAAGAGUUUCUUUAGUUGGGGAUCAUUUCCUCUAAUCUCAUGACAUUAAUGUGUGAUUCAGUGGUGAUAUUGUGUGAAGAAAUUAGAUGCCAGUCACUCUUAGGGGUUAAGUUAGAGGUGCUCACUUGUUAAAUUGUUUCCAAAGUAGGAACAUGAUGAAAAAUUAAACUUUGAUGUAAAUGAUCAAAUCUGGGUGUCAAUCAGACUAGUAAUGGAAAUUUCCCAAUUAUGAUGGAUUCCAAUUGCAUAGUUUUUUCCUUCAUUUUCUGGGGUGUUUUUCUUGCAGAUGUAAAGUAUACAGGUUUUGUAGCUGUAUGAAUUGAAAACUAUGAUCUCAUUCCAGUCAAUGCCAGCUGCAUAAAUUAUCAUUUCUAGGGGAAAAAUUGAGCCAAGUCAUCCACAAUAUUGAUAUUUUCAAGAAUUGUACAACUCUUUUGGAUAAAAGAUUACUUAAACCUUACCUACUGUAAUACAUUUCAUAUAAUUUUAGUUUUGAGAAUCUGGAGAGAAUUUAGUUCUAAAUUGGAGAAUAUUUCUUUUGACACAUUAGACUUACUAUGAAAAAAAUCUGAUCGGUUAAGAGCAUUCAAUCAAUAUACAGUAAUGUGGGUAGUUGACAUCUGCAGUGGAUAUUGCAUAUAUCAUGUCAAGUUCUAAGUCUGCCUAGUUUCCAAGCCCCUUGUCCAUGUAAUGUUCUUAAACUUAGGAAACUCAGAGAGAAGUGAAAUCACUGAUUUCAGUUUGUACAUAAUAUCAUGGACUAACAAACCUGCCUAGAUCAUACUGGAAAAUCUAACCAAAUAAAAUAUUUUUAGGGCUGAUUAAUGUUGGUAUCCUUUUUAAAAUAUUCCUCUUUGUCAGGGUGGAAAAAUACAGACCUACCAAACUUCACGAAAUAGUUGGAAACGAAGAAACUGUUAGCCGCUUAGAGGUAAUUUGUUUACACAACAAGUCUUUGAUUAGAGUCCAUUUUUGUUCAAAUAUAUUUUAUUUUAUUUUUAACAAGAGAUACAACACAUAUCCAUGGCAACAUAACAGAACUAGAUUUUUUGGCCAACAAACAGGUGCCUUUCCAUUUCCAACCUCAUGAUAUUUAUUAGACUAGAGCUACUGCAUACUGUAUUUUAUCAUCAUAUCUUUUAGUCAGUGUGAGUGCAAUGAUUGGUUGGUUUCACUGUGUGGUGGCUAACCUCAAAAGUCUGUUAGAAUUGAAAUCUUUCCCCUCUAUUUGAAUGCAGAGAUAUAAUAAGUUUCUUGCUAACUUUGUUUCUCAUUUCAAGUGGUAAGCUGUAGCACCCUUUUUUCCACUUAGAUUUAUAACCAGUGUGCUUUGUUACUUGCAGCAACUUAACCUCAAACUUGAUUAGUGAGAGGUGUUAGAUCUGAUUAAGGCAACAAAAUGCAUCAGUAUCAUUGAAGUAGUAGUAUGCUAGUCUUAGGAAUUCAAAAGGUGAAUAGCAUGAUCCAGAAAGUUAUAAACCCUCCAACCCUAAAAAGUGAUUAACAUGUAGCUUCUCUAUGUAAUAAUUAUAUUCAUACUUUCUCUAGAAAACAGGUAUUGAGAAUACUCAAUUUUUUUUUUAUUUCUUAGGUUUUUGCUGAGCAAGGAAAUGUUCCAAACAUCAUCAUUGCAGUAUGUAAUUUGCUUUAAAUGACAACUUAUGCUACAGUCAUAUUUUUUCUUUCAACCUGACAGAUCACUUUUGAUAGCAAAUAAUGUUGAUUGAAAAAAGGUAAUAUUUUCUACCAUGUUGAGGUGACUUUCUUUUCUUUCCUCCAGGGUCCUCCUGGUACAGGAAAAACUACGAGUAUUCUAUGUCUGGCAAGGGCACUUCUGGGUGCUUCAUUCAAAGAUGCGGUGCUUGAACUGAACGCAUCUAAUGACAGGUAUUAAAACCUUGAUGUUGCUUGAGAAUUUGGGAAUCAUAUUCACCUAUUUGUUGAUUUGUUUUGCAGAACUUUUUAAAUCUGUCUUCUAUUAUGAAAGAGAAGUGUAACAAAGAGGAGAUGGGAUAUGUUUGAAAGAGAAUCUCAGAAAAAACUAAAGGGAAAUCUUGAAAUUUUCAAAAAAUUAGGGAAAAAAAUCAUGUGUCAGUCAUAUUUUUAAUUGCACCUUACUUAAAUUCUUUACAAAUCACAUUGAUUCAGGGUGUGAAAUUAAUUUUUUUUUCUGAUAGCCACUUGGCUCCUAAAUUGUUCAAAGUGGUAGCCAAUUCAAAAGAAGUUGGUCGCCAUUUUCAAAGACAAACAAACCCUUUUUUUUUAUGCUGUCAUCGUUCUAGAAAUUAAGUUAGGGAAAAGAUCUUUAAUGUGAUACAAAGUGGACACUAGGAUGGAUGAUAUAUAUGCAACGUUCAAGCUCACCUAAAUCCAAGAUGGCGUCUAGUGAUCGAUCUUGAUGCAUGUGCUGUGUUUUGGAAACAAAUUUAACGAGGAAGUUUGCCUCGGAUUUAUCUUUGCAAAUCUUUUUAAUUUACUAUGUCUCUAGGUAAGGUUAUGAUGAAACAUUCUAGUCGCCAAUUUGGCGACUAAUUUUCAGGAUUUGGUCGCCAAAGUAAAAAAUUUAGUCGCAUUGGCGCCUGUAUUAGGCGCAAUUUCACGCCCUGUGAUUGUUAGGCCUGAACCAUGCAUCACUUAUAGACCCUUUGCCAACCUCAAAGAGUAGUGCAGACAUGUCAAAGUACCUCUAAUGUUUGUUGUAAAGGCUUGCUAUGUGAAGGUUACAAAGCAAAUAUACUGUUCAGGUUCUCCAUCCCAUCUGCCCUAUGUGUGCAUUUGUAUGUAUCAAAUCUAUAACUUGAUAUUAGUUGCCCACAAUCCAAUUUCAUUCAACCUUUCAGAUAUACUUUGCAAGUUAAGUGUGUAGACUUUGGACUGUCACCUACUGUUAGUGAUAGAAGCAGUUGCAAACAAGCUAAAAUCAUGUUAAUCUCUUUUCAUUGCAGAGGAAUUGAUGUCGUGCGUAACAAGAUUAAGAUGUUUGCUCAGCAGAAAGUUACUUUACCUAAAGGCAGGCACAAAAUUAUAAUUUUGGAUGAAGCAGACAGGUAUGUCUAUUGCAGGCCAUUGGAGUAUUUUAUACUUUUUAUAAGCUCUUCCUUGAAAACCAGAAUCAAAUCUGAAUUCUUACAUCCUGUAAUAACAAUUUUGAGAUUAACUCUUCCAGCAUUUCCCAGUUGUCAAUGUCUCUCACUGUCUGUCCUUUUAUUAACAGUGAGUAGCAAAAUAGUGAACAGGUAUAUUUGUUGCUAGAGUGGCAAAAGCCUCUUUUGCAUUUUCAAAGUGACUGUGAAGAAGAUAUGAAAAAUCAUGUUUAUUAGUUUUGAAUACGUGGUUGAUUUACAUGAAAAUAUUUAUAUUAUUUACUCUCACAAUCAUGAUAUUUUAAUUUCAAGCUCAUGACAUACAUUAGUGUGAAUUGAUUUUGCCAAAAAUGACUAUCUUGCAAAGAGACAGAGCUUUAAAAAGAUAGUUGUAAAUACUAAAUUAACAAACAGGUAAUCCCUCAACUUCCACUGCAGCUACCCUCCUUGUAACAAUUAUUACCAGUGGAUUCAGCUGGAGAACACAAAAUAACCUGAGUACCUGAUGGUGGUUCAACAACAACAGACAAAUUUUAAUUCCUGAAAACAAGGCUAACAUGUUACAACUUACAACACUAUCAAUAUUGACCAAUAUUGUCACACUCCUGACCAAAAGUCCUCUGGCACAGUGGAACACAUUCCUUGGGAUAUAAGCUUGUUUUGCUUUUUCUCUGUAGCAUGACUGAUGGUGCACAGCAGGCUCUGAGAAGGACAAUGGAGAUCUACUCCAAAACUACACGCUUUGCUCUGGCUUGCAACACUUCUGAGAAAAUUAUUGGUGUGUAUUGUAAACUUACUGAGAUAUACAAGCUGUAUCACAAAAAAAUAGCCUACACAGCUUAUUAGGUUGGGGAGAGCUGGGGGGGGGGGGCAGGCUAUUUUGUUGAUUUUGAGCUUUCAGCCUUUUUGCUCACUUUAAUCCCAUUGAUUUAAUUUUCAAUACUUUUUGAAAUUUUUGUCAUACACCUGGCUAUGCAGUUUAUCAGCUUCUUGCUCAAGCUACUGUAUAGACAGUAUGUGGCAGGUAAAGGAUUUGCAGAAGUCUUAAACCUUUUCAAUUUACUUGUGCAAAUGUAAAUAUAAUAGCCUUGCUGUACAUCAAUGAUGAAUUUAAUAAUGUUAUUUUGUCAGAGGCGAUCCAAUCCAGAUGUGCUGUUUUACGAUAUUCAAGAUUAACCGAUGCUCAAGUCUUACACAGACUGUUAGAAGUUUGUGAAAAGGAGCAGGUUUUUUCAGAUUUCUUGAACAGUUUUCUAACUUUUGAAAAUCGUUUCUUCUUUGUUAUUUAAUAAGUCAUUUAAUCAAUUUUGUUUUCAAUAUUUCCAUUUGUGAUCAGGUCACCAAAACGGAUGAUGGAUUGGAAGCAAUUGUGUUCACGGCUCAGGGCGACAUGCGACAGGUAUAUCUAACAACUAGGAAAAAAUUUUUAAUUUGUUUUAUUCUCUGGAUCUUGGUAAAUUGCUUUCAAUAUCCGAUUAAAUCCGAAAAACAGAGAGCCAAGAUUGACAAUUUUUAAUUGCAAAGGAGAUGGCCUGGACAAAAGUUCACCAUAGUUUGAAAUGAAUAAUAUGUGCUUCUUUGUUUCAGGCGAUAAACAACCUGCAAUCUACGUUUUAUGGAUUUGGAUUUGUGAACAGUGAAAAUGUAUUCAAGGUAAUAUUUCUUUCAAAAAUAAGAUUUUACAAAUGAAUAAAGGGGGUAAGUUUCUAAAGAAGCUGUGGUGCUGCGUCGGUGGGGGAGUAUAACAGGGUAAUUUGGUUUUAUCAACUGAGUUGAUAAUAUAAAUCGGCCAUCGUAUAGAGUUUCUAAGCGUUAUUCCUUCGUCAUUCGCUCUGACGAAGGGGCAACGUAACCCAGCUCAGGCGAUAAAACCCAGUUAACUAAUAUUUUACAGUUGCUUAUCUCCAUUUCGUUACCGCUGAAUACCAUGUUCAAGUAACUAUUUUGGAGCGUAAACAUUUUAACGACACAAGAAGAGCCAAGCCGUUAAUGCGAUUUCAUAUAAGUCAAUCAGGUGCGUAAGAAACCAGUCAUUGUUGGAUUGAUUUGGUAUGCGCAACAUUUCCGUUGCGCUUUCCCGCGCUUUCAUCUGCUACACCUAUGGAUUAUUGCACCUUUGAGAAAAUUUUGUUUUCGAAAGAAAACAGGGAUUGCUAGGAUUUUUCGUUACUUCACGUCCUGAAUGGUCCUGAACUUCAUGCAAUUCCACUCGUGGGGCGGGGAAUUUGAACCGGAAAUGUCGAGUCUUUCCAGCAGAAUACAAGUUGGGGAUGUUUAAUGUUAAAAGUUCACUUUCGCGAGUGAGUGGCUCAGAAAGAAAGGUCUAUAGGGUCUAAAUCCUAAAAAGUUCAAAUGCUUGGGGAUUUGCCCCUGGAGGGGGGGAAGGUAAAGCUUCAAAUUGAACAAUGCAUUACUUCUGCAUGUUUCAGGUUUGUGAUGAACCGCAUCCUCUGUUGAUUCGAGAGAUGAUCAAGUCAUGUUCAACAGGGGAUAUUGACGAGGCUUAUAAGGUUCUCUCACAUUUAUGGUACAUGGGAUAUGCUCCAGAGGACAUUAUAACCAACAUCUUCCGAGUGUGCAAGAACUAUCAAAUGUCAGAGUAUCUUAAACUGGAGUUUAUCAAGGUAAGACGACAUGUUAAGGUGGCCAUGCACUGGGGACAGUCGCAGGGAGGGCAUGUUACACAGAAGUAAAAAAGGGUUGUGCAAUCUUAGCUGUUGAGCUCCUAAGAGUGACUAGCAUCUAAAUUCUCCUUACGAUAUCAUCCGUGAGUCACACAUUAAGGUUACAAGAACAAAGGAAAUGAUCACCAGCUAAAGAAGCUCUUAAUUUUUGACCAAAUUCUCCUCAGCAGCACCUUAGGAAAUGUAUAGAGAACAGUAUGGAGAAUAUGCAUACUGAUGUUAGUGUGUAAAGGGUAAAGUCGAGUGUUCUUUUCCACACUGGAGGUUAUCAGUUUUACGAUGGCAGUAUACAGGUGUAUUGAGUUAUAAAAAUGCCUCACAAGAAGGCGUGUUCAAGUUAUUUUUCUCGGUGAAAUGGCCUAAAAACAAUUUCAGAGCCGCCUUUAAGUCGGCCUUGAUGACUGAAUAGCAGCUUUAUUGAAACACUCUUGUACGUCACACUUGUCCAUUCAGCUGUAUAUUGUACGUUGUUACCUGGAAACCUUCACGUUGUCCACCUCGCGCUUUCCUAAGUCUGGUUUGGAGAAAACCGUCUUAAAUGGCUUAAAAAUUGUUACAAAAAUGUGUACUAGCUGACAAUAAAGUUUUUUGUCUAUUAUAUUUUUAUCUAUUUCAUCACACAGGAAAUUGGUUACGCGCACAUGAGAAUAGUGGAAGGUGUAAACAGCUUGCUACAGCUGUCAGGCUUACUGGCCCGGAUGUGCGGCAAAGUGACGUUGCAGGACAGCUGAAUGAACAUGCACACGGCGUAAGAAAUACUUAGAGGAAAAGAAAGACAGACUGAAAAACAGAAAACGACGCGAUAUAACAACAAUAAGGCGAUUGCUACGAGCAGGGAAGAAAUGAGAUUUAUGUAACAGCUCACGGAAGUGUACAAAUGCAAUCUCAAUAGUUAACUCUACAGUACGUAGCUUGUUUAAAAAGAAUUUAAAUUUGGGAGGGUAUUAAAAGAAAAAUGCUUCUCAACUUCAGUUAGCAGUUGGUUUGCUCCCUUGUAAAUGCGCUUUGUAACUACCACGCAACUUCGCAAGCCCCUUAGAUGUUACAAAACAAAGAAAUAAGGAAAAAAGGAAACUUAUCCCAAAAAACGUUGAGACAUCUUAUUAGAGAAGUUUUCAAUUGAGUUUUGAAAGUGAUCCUGGGUUCAUUUGGUUUUGUCUUGUUUCGCUUUGUGAUUGCGCCACUUUCUCAACCAAUCAAAUGCAAAAC